CCACGUCAGGCCCCGCCAUUUUAUGUAGGCCCAGAAGCUGACAUGGCAAGAUUUAAAUUGGGAUUAUUGUUAGCAUUCACUAUUCAGUAGAUGUUAUCGAACGUCUCCUUCUUCCAUUCAAAUGGACAUCCUUCCUUGCUCCUAUGUCUCGCUUCCAACUUUACCCCUCGUCGGACCCUACAUUUACUACACCAAACCAAAGCCCGUACACCGGUUCUUCCUCCUCAAGGUCUUCGCUUCUUCAACGACAACCACCGGUUCCUCAAACAAAGAUAUAUGGAGGAAAACAGUACCACCAACACCGCAGAAAACGACACCGUCUGGUCCAUACCGAAGAAGGCAGGAACCAGUUUACUUGGACCACAGUGUAGACAUGGACGAUCUCUUGCGCUCCAUCAGCGAAACUAAGGACGAGCAGCAGCUGUAUGCGUUCCUGUCCCCUUACAAAGACCGGCAGCUCUCGAUUCGCUUCAUGGUCUCUCUCCUCUCGCGCGAGCCGGACUGGCAACGGUCCCUUGCCAUUCUCGACUGGGUCCAUGAUGUGGCCCGCUACUCUCCCUCCGUGUUUGCAUACAAUGUAGUAUUGCGUAACGUACUACGAGCUAAACAAUUUGAUCUUGCGCGGGGACUGUUCGAUGAAAUGCGCCAACGAGCGCUAUCCCCUGACAGAUACACGUAUUCAACACUGAUUACUUUUUUUGGUAAAGAGGGUAAGUUUGAUGACGCAAUUUCUUGGCUUCAGCAAAUGGAGCAGGACCGUGUUUCUGGUGACCUUGUUUUGUAUAGUAACUUGAUUGAGCUCUCGCGUAAAUUGUGUGAUUAUUCUAAGGCGAUUUCUAUAUUUUCAAGGUUGAAAAAUGCAGGAAUUACACCGGAUGUUAUUGCUUAUAAUUCAAUGAUUCACGUGUUCGGAAAAGCCAAGUUGUUUAGGGAGGCCCGGAUGUUGUUACAAGAGAUGAGGGAUGUGGGAGUUGUGCCAGAUACAGUUAGUUACUCAACACUACUGAGUAUUUAUAUCGAGAGUGGGAAGUUUGUGGAGGCAUUGUCAUUGUUCUCAGAAAUGAAUGAGGUGAAGUGUCCCCUCGAUCUUACAACAUGCAAUGUUAUGAUUGAUGUCUAUGGGCAGCUUGACAUGGCAAAAGAGGCCGAUAGGCUCUUUUGGGGUAUGAAGAAGAUGGGGCUUGAACCUAAUGUUGUAAGCUAUAACACCCUUUUGCGGGUUUACGGAGAAGCUGAGCUUUUUGGGGAAGCAAUCCAUCUUUUCAGGUUGAUGCAGAGAAAGGAUAUUGACCAGAACGUUGUUACAUACAAUACCAUGAUUAAUAUUUAUGGCAAAACUCUUGAGCAUGAGAAAGCCACCAACCUUGUACAAGAGAUGCAGAAUCGAGGGAUUGAACCCAAUGCAAUUACAUACUCGACCAUAAUAUCUGUAUGGGAUAAGGCAGGGAAAUUGGACCGGGCAGCAAUCCUGUUUCAGAAGCUAAGGACCUCAGGGGUUGAGAUUGAUCAGGUUCUUUAUCAAACAAUGAUUGUGGCUUAUGAGAGGGCAGGUUUGGUAGGUCAUGCUAAGCGAUUGCUUCAUGAGCUUAGGCAACCAGACAAUAUCCCAAGGGAGACUGCCAUUAUGAUUCUUGCCAGAGCUGGUCGGGUAGAAGAAGCUACUUGGGUGUUUCGUCAGGCUUUUAGAGCUGGGGAAGUAAAGAAUAUAUCCGUGUUUAAAUGCAUGAUUGAUCUUUAUUCAAGGAACAGGAAAUAUGCAAAUGUCACUGAGGUGUUUGAGAAUAUGAGAAUGGUAGGAUAUUUUCCUGAUUCUAAUGUGAUUGCUCUUAUCCUGAAUGCUUAUGGUAAAUUGCGGGAAUUUGAGAAGGCAGAUGCUAUAUAUAAGGAGAUGCAGGAAGAAGGGUGUGUUUUCCCAGAUGAAGUUCACUUUCAGAUGUUAAGUCUCUAUGGUGCAAGAAGAGAUUUUGAAUUGAUGGAGUCACUAUUUGAGAGGCUUGACUCUGAUCCGAACAUUAACAAAAAGGAGUUACAUCUUGUUGUUGCCAACAUAUAUGAAAGAGAAAACAGACUUACUGAUGCAUCUCGAAUAAUGAACAGGAUGAGUAGAGGGGCGCUUUUGAAAACAUGAACAGCUCAAGGAAUUUGAAUUUGCCCAAUGCCUGGUAAAUUUUUUGCAUUGUUUGUGAAUAUGCACGUCUGCUUUGAUUAUCUGUAUAUACAAUUUUGAAUCUGCCACCAUUCUGAGUGUGGAUGGUUGUAAUGGCGUGUAGUUAAUUUCAACCAUUCUGUGGCCAUUUUAGAGCUGGGACAAGGUGCAAUAAUCUUUUCUUC